AUGCCUCGCGCAAGAGACCGCUACUCCAUGGGCACGCCCCAUCAGGGCGGCAUCAAAGUCCCUCUCAACGAUGACCGCCGCGAGAAGGAGAAGCGCCUCAAGUCGCGCCGUUCGCUCCAUGAAAACCAAAUGGAGCAGAUCCGCGCCGCCGCGACACCCGUCAAGCGGCGCCAGUCGGGCUUGGCUGCCCGAACGCCCGCAAACGAGGACGACGUCUACGUGGGAGGCGACGCGGUGACGCCCAUGAAGCGCGUGCCCAUCCUGGCGAAUUUCGAAGAGUGGAUGAAGAUGGCCACGGACAACAAAAUCAACGCCGCCAAUUCCUGGAACUUUGCGCUUAUCGAUUACUUUCACGACAUGUCGCUGCUCAAGGAAGGCGACGGCGUCAAUUUUCAGCGCGCGAGUUGCACGCUCGACGGGUGUGUUAAGAUCUACACGAGCAGAGUCGACAGCGUUGCGACCGAAACGGGAAAGCUCCUUAGCGGUCUCGCUGACAGCAGGGAUAAGAAAAACAAGGGCGGCGACGAUGCGGAGGCCGAUGGUGAGGCCGGAUCUGAUGACGAAGAAGGAGAGGAUGGUACCAAGAAGCCGAAGCGCAAGAGGGCACAGAGAUCUGCCGAAGCUACCUUGGUAUCGUCAUUCCAGCAACUGGCGCUCAAGAAGAUGGAGCUAGAAUUUUCGGUUGACCCUCUGUUCAAAAAAGCUUCUGCGGAUUUCGAUGAGGGUGGUGCGAAAGGUCUGCUGCUGAACCACUUGUCUAUCGAUCAAAACGGCCGCAUUGUUUUUGAUAGCAGCGACGAUGCGCAGGACGCAUCUACAGAGGAGAAGAGGCGGGACAGCAUGGAAGCCGACGAUGGCGAGGAUGAGGAAGAUGCAGAGGAGCCAGCGCAAGAAGCAGAGAUUGAUAUUGCAGGCUUGGGCGCGAGGUUCUUCCCCGACCUUUCUAGACUGGACGUUCAGGACAUUUGCCCCUCUCUCAAGAACUUCGACAUGAGCGACCCGAAUGCUUCGAAGGAUCUACCCUUCUUGAAAGCCCCCGACGACUGGAGAGAUCAAAAUCGGGAUACGGGUGCGCCGGGUGACAACUCGGGCAUGUUCCUUGACGAGGACAACGCGGGCGGCUUUGAUGACGAUGACGACGACAUGGGCGCUUUCGACCUCCCCGCAAACACUGGGUUCGGCGAAGGCGGCGAGGCCUGGGCCAAGGAAGCAGCGCUCGAGACGCAGAUGCGCGUGCACACGAUAAACCCCGACGGCGACGACGGGGACAACGAAGACGAGGUCGGCGGCUUCGACAACAACACCAGCCGCUUCGGCGUGGCGCUGGCCUCGGGCCGCGAAGAAGACCAAGAAAACAUUCUUAACUACUUCGACCAAGCCCUGUCCAAGAACUGGGCUGGGCCGGAGCACUGGCGCAUCCGCCGCAUCAAAGACAACAAAGCAGCCGCAGCCGCGGGCCCGACAAAACGCAAGGAAAAAGAACCCUUCCAGAUCGACUUCGCGGCGCCCAUGACGCAGCCCAUGGCCGACGCGCUGUACACGGGCGCCAGCUCGAGCUCGACUAUCAGCAUGCCCAAGAACCAAUGGAAGAGCAAGACGCGCAACCUGCUGCCCGACGACAAGCACUUCAACUCGCGGCAGCUGCUCCGGCUCUUCCUAAAGCCCAAAGCACGCAUGGGCAGCCGCAGAAACGGCGCCUCAGGGCGCAGCGGCGCAAUCGGCACAGGCGACGACACGCGGCGCGACGACCGCGACGCCCCAGACGGCGAGAUGGACGAGGUAUUCUGGGCGCAGCAGCGCGACGCAGGCGGGGCCAACGACGAAGGCGGCGCAGGCGGCACGUACGACGCCGACUUCUUCCAAGACGACGCGCUGGGGGCCGUGGGCGGCGACGAAGACGACGACGACAUCUUCGCCGACGCGCGCGAGAUGUUCAGCCCGGCGCCGGAAGGCGCGCCGCCGAACCUGGGCGAGACGCUGGGCGGCGAGGCCGAGGGCGCGUUCGGCGCGCAGCUGGUGACGCAGAGCCGCCGCUUCCGCCCAGAGUACGUGCAGUACGCGCGCGUAGCCAAGAAGGUCGACGUGCGCCGGCUCAAGGAGGAAAUGUGGCGUGGCAUCGGGCUGGGCGACAUCAUGGGCGACAGCGGCGCCGACGAGAGCUCCCUGCUGAACAACAGCACGCUGCCGCCGUCGCCGUCGCGCCGCUCCUCCACCAUGCCCCCGCCCCCGAUCCCCACUGAUGGCGGUAAUAGCAGUGGUGUGGGCGGCGCGCCCCCGCUUCCGAAGGCCCCCGAUGGUUCGCUCAUGUUCACGGACGUGGUCAAUAACCUCCAGAGCGUGUAUCCGAAGAAGACGCUGGCGGAUAUUAGCACGAGUUAUUGCUUUAUUUGCCUGCUGCAUUUGGCGAACGAGAAGGGGCUGGUUAUUGAGAACCAGGACGGGUUUACCGACUUGAGUAUACGGAAGGAUCCGAGGGGGGUGGGCGAGGGGGGUGAGUAG